GGUAGCUCCAGCCCUGCAUUACUCACUCCUGCUGGCAGUACAGCUGCUGCCUCCUGUGAGAGUGCUGGAUGUCCUGCCAGGCUGGGAGCUCUCCUGCCACAGAAAUGGAGCCAGAUCUUCAGUGUUGCUGCAGGUGAAGUUACAGGGUAAUAAAGGAGAAUCGUGGGUAGUAUCUUCUAGAUCCCUUGAUUUCGGAACAACGAAUGGAUAAUGGCUGCAGAGUUUAUAAAGAGUUGCUGUAAAGGGUGUUUUUACAGCGACAAGAACAAAGCUUUGACUGAAAAAGACUUCUCUGGAGAGGCCAGAAAAGGAUCCCAUAUUGUGGGCUUGCCAGCAAUUACCUCGGUCUCAAUAAAGAGACAAGUAGGAUGUACAGAAGAUUACUUGCUUUCCAAACUGCCAAGUGAUGGACGACAUGUGCCAUUUGUCGUUCCAACAUUUAAGCCGUCCUAUAUACAACCCCGAACCCUUACCAGCCCCUCUCACCAGGAAGGAAUUAAAGGAUCUGCCAGAGCCACCUUCACUGAUAGAAAAGCAGAGCUUUCCAACUUCUAUCAACAAGGACCCAACUUAGAUGUAAUUUACAACCCCAGUUAUAUCCCACCGCAUAAUUCUCCUGAUCUGAACCGGCGAACCAAGCUGCACGCAGACCCUGUUAGACUAUACGGAUCAGUCUGCGAUUUGAGGAACAUCAAACCAUCUGAUUCCCAGGCCCUAAGCGGCUCGCUCUAUGAUCUGACUAGCUCAUCCAAGUACAUGCAGAGAUACGAUUCUGUUUCCAGUGUCCGUAGCAGUAAUUCCUCCAGAAAAGAUUCCCAAGGCAGCAAUCGAAGUCUCGAUACAAUUACAUUAUCUGGGGACGAGAAGGAGUUUGGGAAGCUGAAUUUCAAACUGCGAUAUGUUACGGCCAUGGAACAGAUAUGGAUCACAGUAUUACAGUUGAAAGAUUUGAGCUGGCCCCUAAGCUGUGGAGAAAAUCCCAAUAUCUGUAUUAAAGGGAUCAUUACGUUACCCAAAGCGGUGCACUUUAAAUCCUCCUCUAAGGAGGGAGCUGUGCAGGAUAUAGAGUUUAUGGAAACCUUUGUAUUCUCCAUCAAGUUAACAAGUCUGCAGAACUCAAGACUAGUUUUCAAAGUUGUCAGUCUGACCCCCAGAAAGCGGACCAUCAGCCAGUGCUCUGUUUCCCUCCGGGACUUGUGUGAGGAUGAGAAGGAUUAUUGGCUAGAUGUGGCACCAUCUUCAAAAGUAUCGGUCUGUCACGCUGAGCUGCAGAUUGGGACCUGUUUUCAGGCAAUAAAUAGCCGGAUUCAGUUACAGAUUCUCAAGGCUCAGAACUUGCCUGGCUCCUCCACGCCACUGUCUCUAAAUUUCUUUGUGAAGGCAGAAAUGUUCAGCACUGAAGGGCUUCUCUACAAAAAGAAGACACGUCCACUCAAAUCAACAAAUGCUCAAGUUAAUUGGGGAGAAACUAUGCUCUUCCCAGUGACGCAGAAAGAGGAAGGCAUCAACUUUUUGAUCAAACUUUACAGCAGGAGCUCAGUGAGACGGAAGCAUUUCAUUGGUCAGGUGUGGAUCAGCAGUGACAGUAACAGCCCCGAGGCUGCUGAUCAGUGGACUGAUACAAUCCACAACCCAGAGAAGGUGGUGACCAAAUGGCAUAAACUGAAUCCUUCUUGAAAAAGUGAGAAGCCACAGGGAAAUACCUGGAUCUAGGGACACUGCAAAUUACUGGCUGGAUGAGUGCUUUAAGACAUUGGAUUUCAUAUAUGUGCGCAGGCUGUGCUAGACUGUGGGAUCUAACCAUACUAUUUCCUCUCUACACUUGGAAGGACAUACAGCUUAUAAUAAAGCAUGGAUCGCAAUCAAUAAUUAAUACACCAACAAUUCAGAUUUGGAGGACAGUGAUGCGAUUUGGGAAUACGAACUUGAAAUUCUCAAUUUGGCCUUACGACCCGUCUUUCCUGUAACAGUGUAAUUUUCUACCUUCUCAUCUCUCACGCUCUAGAUCAGAGGUUGGCAACCUUUGACACUCCAGGUACAUCUUCCACAAUGCCAUAAUGCCAUAAAGCC